CUGACGGUCUCUGGUGAACUGAACGCCGAGCUAGCUAGCUCCUCAAGAAAACUAACAUGUCAGACAAGAAACAGACGGUGGAUUUGGGGUUGCUAGAGGAGGACGACGAAUUUGAAGAAUUCCCUGCAGAGAAUUGGACGGGACUGGACGAGGAUGAGGAUGCUCAUGUUUGGGAAGAUAACUGGGAUGAUGACAAUGUAGAAGAUGAUUUUUCAAACCAACUCAGAGCUGAACUUGAGAAACAUGGAUACAAAAUGGAGACCUCAUAACAUGAAGCUGUUGUCUGCAAGGAGUAAAUUGAUUUUGGGAUUGAAACAUUGUCCAUACUGUCCAGUUUGCAAGUGUCGCCUGGCUUUGCCUUUCAAAAAAAUGUCAACAUACUAGUUUUCUUUAGGAGGAUGAUGUUGCAGUAUUUUUUCAUUUUACAGCCUUUACAAAAAAAAACAAAACAAAACCCUUGUAUUAAUAAUUUGUGUUAAUAGACAUUAAAGAGAUUUACCAUGUA